AUGCUGAGGACUUACGGUGUACAGGAAAGGUUUAAGGGUGAAAUGACUACCCAUUGCAGAACUCUCAACCACACUAGUCCUAUUGGUGUUGGUGUAAACACUACGCAGGCCACAGUCAUCCACAUCGACCUCACACCAGUGUGGAUUAUGCGAAUCGCAGUCGAUGCAGAGAUAAGCCCUGACAGCGUCCACGCACGUGCACGUGUUGGUGACCAUGCUUGCGCCUCGAACACCGUUACCGGUUGUCAAGGCAUCCUAUCCACCAUCUUCCUCUCCCUUUCCAUAUGCGGUCUGGCCUUCUACCACGUCUACCUUAGCUGUCGCGAGAUUUCCACCCACGAAGAUGUGAGACACUUUCCAAAGACACUGCGUCAAAUGGGGCGAGACAAUCCCUUCUCCAAGGGCAACGGUUUUGUCAAUAUGCUUGGUGUGUUGUGUGGUCCUGCUCCACCGAGUUGUAUUGCGACUGGCUGCCGACGACUGAUGACAGAUGUGGAAGGUGUGACAAGUUGA